UCUGAGCUCGUGCUUGCGUCCUCACAACGCGGGAGGUUCGGUGUUCACGUGUCUUCGGUGGGGGGCAGUUCAGUCGGUGGGAGCUGCUCCCGGGCAGAGUGCUGCGGACAUGUGGCUCCGCGUUUCUCCGUGAAGAGUAUUUAGUUAGCCUUCUGGAGUCACUUUUUGUUCCUUGUGUGCGUCAUUGAAGAUUUACCACACCCACACACCCAUACACGUAUUUAUGAUCAUCUGUAAAGCCAAAUUUGACCCUUGUAUUACUGUGCUGUCUUCAAGUUCAUUAAACUGCCUUAAACUUCAUUCUCGACUCUUCUGCGUUCUUACCGACGCACCAGGAAGACACCAUACCAUCCACCAACACCUAUACAGUCCACCCACCUAACCACCUGAGAGAGAAAUAACUUUCAAGGUCCUUCGAGCCGGAUGGUUUUAGUGCCUUUUUGGAACCUAAAUCUACAAGAUGCAGCGUGCACAUAGCAUAGCAGACAUCCCUUUACCUGUGGUAGCCCGUCCCGCGCGUCAGUCUCGUCAGCCUGCCUACCUCAGAGACUAUGAAGUUCAACUUGUGGGCCGAAGACCGCCAGCACAGUCCGAUGUCACUGAUGCAGCACAGUAUACACAGGGUCAGGAAGACAAGCACCAGGAGAUGAGGGAAGGUGCUACGAGGAAGACGUCGCAGACAUCCCACUCAGUUAGCCCCAUUAGCCAGUUGGAUUAUGCAUUGAUUGAUGAGUGGCCUGCUGCACCUGCAGCUGGGCAUUUUCAACAUCCAGUCAAGCCUAAAGCACAGCUGGGGAAACCCCCAGGACUGGACCACAGACCUGCUAGACCAUUGGUGGGCCAUGACAUGCAAGGAGCACAUGCAGAUGCCUACAGUAGAUCAAGUGAAACCGUGCAUCGUGAACAGUUAACUCAGAGUCCCUUUGCUGGUAGAAUAGCCUAUCACCAGCUUCCUCUCGAUGCCCAGGUCUCAGCACCUAAUCCUCAUCUGCAACAAUGUGUUGCUUCAGCAUUUCAACCCAUACCUCUACAGGCUAGCACACCUGCUCCUAGGGCUAACUCGGCGCCGUUAUCACUCAGUGAACCAUCGUAUAAUCAUCCAGUUUAUCGGCCACAAGUCGCUCCUGUUGCACCACCGUCUUCGCCCGCCGACACAAGAGAGCAGUUCCUGAUGGACACCAUCACCAAGAUGAUGAGUGAGCUACAAGCAAUUAAAGAAGCAAGCAGGCCAGCAAUCCCUAGCUAUCAGCCUGCACCUGCUCAGUCUCUAAGUCAGCCUUAUGAUAGCAACCAGUUCCAAUAUCCUGUGAGUCAGUAUCCUUCUAGUAGCCAGCCCUAUGCCUACGGAUAUCCACAACCACCUGGGCCUUAUCAGUACCCACCAAUGUCUUCAUUUCCAUUACAGCCAACCAAACCCCCUCAGCAGACAUAUGCGCCUAUUCCUACCGCCUAUGGUAUGCCGGAUCGGAAGCCUUUUGCGUUUCUCAGCGAGAGAACCUACAGAGGACCCAUACCUACCAUUCCAGACUUCACAAAGCCUGAUCCUAGUCAGUUCACGCGCCUUAAGCAGGCUUUAGGCAACCUCCUACCUCCUGAUGCCACUGAGCUGUUUUGCUAUCAAGUUCUGCUGGAUCAUCUAAAAUUAGAAGAAGCUCGUCUGGUUGCGGACGCCUACUUGCACUCUCUUACUCCGUAUACUGAUACAAUGGUGGCUUUGACAGAAAGGUUUGGAAGACCCCAGAAGCUGGCACUGAAGAAGAUAAGUAUGGUCAUGAAUGCCGCAGACAUCCGUCAGGGAGAUACUAAAGCAUUCCAGAGCUUUGCCCUGGAUGUAUGCGCCUUGGUGGGGAUGCUGAAGACACUGGGGCAGGAAGGAGCCGUGGAACUCCAAUGUGGAUCGCAUGUGGAACGGCUGUUAAGUAAACUCCCUACAGACCUGCGCUCAGCAUUCCGCAGGAGCAUGUUCCUGCAAUCACGGAGGCGCUAUGACCUGAUGGACUUCUCAGAGUGGCUGAAGCAUGAGGCAUGGUGCCAGGAUAGUGAAAGCCAACCUAGUCUCCGGGAAUCCAAGCCGGGUACUAAGCAGUCUCAGAAGUCUCAGAAACCUAACUCUAGAUCUGAUCGUUUUGCUACGGUUCUCCACGGGAGUGAGGAGAGUCCUGCCAAACAAGGUGUAUCCCCAAGGAAGCCUGAGGGCACAAGCAAGAAGAAGUCACAGCCCUACUGCCCAUAUUGUGACUCCAGUGAGCACUUCCUUAGUCAGUGCGACACUUUUAAGUCCUUUGAUAAUUCCCAAAUCGCUCAGUGGAUAAAGAGCAACCGACGCUGUUGGCGGUGUGGCAGAGGACACACCGCAGCGGAGUGUACCCUCAAGAAGCCCUGCAGUAAGUGCCAAGGCAAACAUCUACAGAUACUGCACAGUGUCAACACCAAGCCUGUGAAGGAUGGGCCACCUCCAGUUACCUCGGCCACUGAAACUCUGUACUUGAACAGACCAGGUGAGUGCAGUCGAGUCCUCCUGAAAGUAGUCCGGGUCCUCCUUCAGCAUGAGAACAAGACGUUCGACACCUAUGCAGUGUUGGAUGAUGGCUCCGAACGCACCAUCCUGCUACCUGCUGCCGCACAGAAACUUGGCCUAUGUGGACCCUCUGAGACUUUAGCCCUGCGUACCAUUCGUCAUGAUGUGCAGACCCUGCCUGGCAUGACAGUGACCUUCCGAGUGUCACCCAUCACUCAACCUAACAGAGCCUUUGUGAUCAUGGACGCAUUCACCGCAGAUCGCCUCAGCCUUGCAGACCACACCUACCCAGUGGAUAGCUUGAAGCUGAAGUACAAGCAUCUCCAGGACAUCCCGCUGCAAGCCUUUGACAGAGUGAGCCCUACCCUCCUUAUAGGAGCAGACAAUCCUCACUUGCUAACCCCCCUUGAGCCUGUUCGUCUUGGACCCCCUGGCGGCCCAGCUGCGAUCAAGACAAGACUGGGUUGGACUCUGCAGGGACCGUCCAGGCUUACCGAGCUCCGGUUAUCAUCUCAGCAGUGUCUGUUCACCUCACUCAGUCCGCUAGAAGUGGAGCUGCGCCGGAAUGUGGAGAAGCUUUGGCAACUAGACACCUUACCACAGAGGUGUGAGAAGCAGGUGACACGCUCGCGAGAAGACCAACAAGCCAUCGAUCUUCUUGAAGCCAAGACCAUUAGAGUAGAAGUUGAUGGUGUGCUCAGAUAUGCCACCCCAUUACUGUGGAAGAAGAACUUCCCAGCACUUCAGGCUCCCAUGGAGGCAGUUAUGCCAAGGCUUAGAGGAUUGGAGAAACGCCUGUCUAAGGAUCCAGAGAGCGUAGACAUCUACAUUGCCGAGAUAAAGAAGUUGGAGACAUCUGGUGUUGUAGUCAAGUUACCUGCACAGGCAGUUCCAGCUGGUGGUGAUAGUUGGUACAUCCCUCAUCAUGUUGUGCAACACAACGGCAAACACCGUAUUGUGUUCGACUGCUCCUUUCAGUACCAAGGAGUCAGCCUAAACCAAUCCCUGCUACCUGGUCCUACACUGAGUCCGUCCCUACUGGGAGUCCUUCUGCGGUUCAGGGAGCACAGCGUGGGCAUAAGUGGUGACAUCAAAGGCAUGUUUCACCAAGUGAUGCUACUGCCUGAAGAUCGACCCCUUCUGCGCUUUAUCUGGCGUGACAUGAACCGGGAAGAGACGCCUCAGGUCUACGAGUGGAGAGUGCUGCCAUUCGGCACUACCUGUAGUCCAUGUUGCGCUACGUUUGCGCUGCAGCAGCACGUUCACAACCACACAGAUGUCAACAGCGUGGAGCGCUUCUCAGUAGACCGCUGCUUCUAUGUUGACAACUGUUUGCAGAGCCUACAGUCUGCACCAGAAGCGAAACAGAUGGUCGACCGCCUCAGAUCUCUCCUUGCCUCCGGAGGGUUCGAAAUCCGUCAAUGGGCCAGCAACCAGCCUGAGGUCAUCAACCACCUACCUGCCGAGGCCAGGUCCGACAAGCUUGACCUGUGGCUGGCCCAUGACAAGUCAGAGGCACACGAAUCAACCUUAGGCCUGACCUGGUAUUGCAAUGUGGAUGCUUUCAGUUACAAGAGCAGAGUAGUCACCUACGACCAGAUCACAAUGCGCAACGUGUAUCGUGUCUUAGCCAGCCAGUAUGACCCACUCGGGUUCAUACUUCCCUACACCACACGGGCGAAGAUACUGGUCCAGCGCCUGUGGGACCAGCAAAGAGGUUGGGAUGAUCCCAACCUCCCUGAAGAUCUGCUGGCUGCAUGGCACACCUGGGAAGGGGAGUUAGAGUACUUACCUGAAGUCCAGUUGCCAAGAUGCUACACUCCUGCUGGCAUGGACCGUCCAGACACCAAGAGAGACAUUCACGUCUUUUGUGAUGCCUCUGAAAGGGCGUACGGAGCGGUUACGUACCUGAGGUCUGAAGAUGUCCAGGGGAGAGUUCAUGUUGCCUUUCUCCUUGCACGCUCACGAGUUGCACCCAGGAAACAGCUUUCGAUGCCUCGAUUGGAGCUGUGUGCAGCAGUUACAGGAGCUCAGUUAGCUAGGCUCCUGAGGUCAGAGCUCACCUUGGAGAUCCGACAAGUCGUGCUCUGGAGUGAUUCAACAACAGUCCUCACAUGGCUUCACUCAGAGUCGUGCCGCUUCAAAGUAUUUGUCGGAACCAGGGUGGCCGAGAUUCAAGACCUCACUGACCUCAGGGCCUGGCGGUACAUUGAGUCCUCCGAGAACCCAGCCGACGACCUCACAAGAGGUAAACCGUUGCAAGAGCUGGCAACACCUAACAGGUGGUGUGAUGGACCAGAGUUCCUGAAGUUGCCACCAGAUAAGUGGCCAACUCACCCAUCAUCCACCGACCUGGUCUCUGGAGAUCCAACUGAGCUGAAACGCUUUACCUUCUGCGGACUGAGUACUGCCACCGACUCAGACAUGCCAACCUUCAAGUCAUGGAAGGACCUAGUGGAGUCUCUUGCUCAGGAACUUCACGGGGCGGCCAACCAUUCUGGACCAGUCCCUGCUAGUACUUACCAGGCUGCAGAAAGGCUUGCAUUCCAGAAAGCACAGAAAGCAAGUUUUCCAGAAGACUGUGACCUUCUCCAGAAAGGGAAACCAGUGGCAUCGUCUAGUCAUCUCCUUUGCCUCUCACCCGAGUUUGACUCGACCCAUCAAGUCAUCAGAGUGGGAGGGCGGCUCCGUAGAGUGGAAGGACUGGAUCCGGAGGCAGUACAUCCCAUCGUACUGGACCCAGCUCACCCCUAUACGAGGCUGCUGAUUCAGGAAUAUGACUCCAAGCUCUGCCAUCCUGGACCUGAGCGAGUCUUCGCUGAAUUGAGACGCAGAGUCUGGAUCCUAAGAGGCCGUGAAGCAGUCAAGCGUCACCAACGCAGAUGUACCGAGUGCUGCCGAUGGAGAUCCAGACCUGCUGUCCAGAAGAUGGCAGACCUACCCCCACCACGACUACGACUGUUCAAGCCUGCUUUUUACUCCUGUGGCAUGGACUGCUUCGGUCCACUGACAGUCAAGGUGGGCCGGCGGACGGAGAAGAGGUGGGGACUUCUCUUCAAAUGUCUAACCACAAGAGCAGUGCAUGUGGAUCUGCUAACCUCAAUCGACCUUGACUCCUUCUUGAUGGCUCUUCGGAGGUUCAUAGCCCGGCGGGGCAAGCCAUCCGAGCUAUACUCGGACCAAGGAACCAACUUCCGAGGAGGAGAGAAUGAGUUAGUGGAAGCCUUCUCCAAGCUAAGCCCGGAAGUCCAGCAGCACCUAGCCUCCCAGCAGAUCUCGUUUCACUUCAACCCGCCAGCAGCACCGCAUUUUGGCGGUGUGUGGGAACGAGAAAUCCGCUCCGUGAAAGCUGCGCUGUAUACCACCAUUGGAUCCCAGACAGUGAGUGAAGAGGUACUUCAAACAGUGCUCAUUGAGAUUGAGUCCAUACUCAACUCCAAACCUCUGGGCUAUGUCUCGGCUAAUAUAGCUGAUUUGGAUCCAGUGACCCCGAAUUCCUUGUUGAUGGGGCGGCCCGACAGCGCCCUACCUCAGGUGGUCUAUCCACAAACCGAGCUGCUUGGACGUCGAAGGUGGAGGCAUUCACAAGUGCUAGCAGACCGGUUCUGGACUGCCUUCAUCCGGAACUACUUACCUGGCCUACAGAUACGAGGGAAAUGGACAACUCCGUCUCCUGACAUCACCAUCAACUCAGUAGUCAUGGUGGUGGAUCCUCAGCUGCCGCGAUCCCUCUGGCAGAUCGGGAAGGUGGUAAAGGUGUUCCCGGGUCCUGACGGUCGAGUGAGAACUGUGGAGGUGCAGAUCAAGGACAAGGUGUAUACCCGACCCAUUGUUCGCGUCAUCGUCUUGCCCCAGAUCCCCGACGACGAAGCCAACAGACCCUGACCGGACUGGUUGGUGGCCUUUCUGGGUGCACAUUCCGUUCCGAAUGUGGGGGCGGCUGUGUUAGAAAGGCCAUUGGCUGUGCUGAGGAUUCUGAGCUCGUGCUUGCGUCCUCACAACGCGGGAGGUUCGGUGUUCACGUGUCUUCGGUGGGGGGCAGUUCAGUCGGUGGGAGCUGCUCCCGGGCAGAGUGCUGCGGACAUGUGGCUCCGCGUUUCUCCGUGAAGAGUAUUUAGUUAGCCUUCUGGAGUCACUUUUUGUUCCUUGUGUGCGUCAUUGAAGAUUUACCACACCCACACACCCAUACACGUAUUUAUGAUCAUCUGUAAAGCCAAAUUUGACCCUUGUAUUACUGUGCUGUCUUCAAGUUCAUUAAACUGCCUUAAACUUCAUUCUCGACUCUUCUGCGUUCUUACCGACGCACCAGGAAGACACCAUACCAUCCACCAACACCUAUACAGUCCACCCACCUAACCACCUGAGAGAGAAAUAAC